AUGCAAACUCCACUCAGAAAGGCCCUGGUCCGACCGGGAUUCGAACCCAGGACCUUCUUGCUGAGAGGCGAGAGUGCUAUCCACUCAGCCACCGUGCCGAAGAAGGAGAAGGAGGAGGAGAAGGAGGAGGAGGAGAAGGAGAAGAAGGAGGAGGAGAAGAAGGAGAAGAAGGAGGAGGAGAAGGAGAAGGAGAAGGAGGAGGAGAAGGAGGAGGAGAAGAAGAAGGAGAAGAAGGAGGAGAAGGAGAAGAAGGAGGAGGAGGAGGAGAAGGAGAAGGAGGAGGAGAAGAAGGAGAAGAAGGAGGAGGAGAAGAAGGAGAAGGAGAAGAAGGAGGAGGAGAAGGAGAAGAAGGAGGAGGAGAAGGAGAAGAAGGAGGAGGAGGAGGAGAAGGAGAAGAAGGAGGAGGAGAAGAAGGAGAAGAAGGAGGAGGAGAAGAAGAAGGAGGAGGAGGAGAAGAAGGAGAAGAAGGAGGAGGAGAAGGAGGAGGAGAAGAAGGAGGAGGAAGAGAAGGAGAAUGAGAAGAAGGAGGAGGAGAAGGAGAAGAAGAAGGAGAAGAAGGAGGAGGAGAAGGAGGAGAAGGAGAAGAAGGAGGAGGAGAAGGAGGAGAAGGAGAAGAAGAAGGAGAACAAGGAGAACAAGGAUAAAGAAGGAGAAGGAGGAGGAGACGAAAGAGAAGGAAGAGGAGGAAGAGAAGGAGCAAGAGGAGAAGGAGAAGGAGAAGAGGAGGAGGAGAAGGAGAAGAAGGAGGAGGAGAAGAAGGAGGAGGAGAAGGAGAAGGAGGAGGAGGAGGAGAAGGAGGAGGAGGAGAAGGAGGAGGAGGAGGAGAAGAAGAAGGAGGAGAAGAAGGCGGAGAAGAAGGAGAAGAAGGAGGAGGAGAAGAAGAAGGAGAAGAAGGAGGAGGAGAAGGAGAAGAAGGAGGAGGAGAAGAAGGAGGAGGAGGAGAAGGAGGAGGAGAAGAAGGAGGAGAAGAAGGAGGAGGAGAAGGAGGAGGAGAAGGAGAAGAAGGAAGAGGAGAAGGAGAAGAAGGAGGAGGAGAAGAAGGAGAAGAAGGAGGAGAAGGAGAAGAAAGAGGAGGAGAAGGAGGAGAAGGAGGAGGAGAAGGAGAAGAAGGAGGAGAAGGAGAAGGAGAAGAAGGAGGAGGAGGAGAAGGAGAAGAAGGAGGAGGAGAAGAAGGAGAAGAAGGAGGAGGAGAAGGAGAAGAAGGAGGAGAAGGAGGAGAAGGAGGAGGAGAAGAAGAAGGAGAUGGAGAAGGAGAAGAAGGAGGAGGAGGAGAAGGAGAAGAAGAAGGAGGAGGAGAAGAAGGAGAAGAAGGAGGAGGAGAAGGAGAAGAAGGAGGAGAAGGAGGAGAAGGAGGAGGAGAAGAAGAAGGAGAUGGAGAAGGAGAAGAAGGAGGAGGAGAAGGAGAAGAAGGAGGAGGAGGAGGAGAAGGAGAAGAAGGAGGAGGAGAAGAAGGAGAAGAAGGAGGAGGAGAAGGAGAAGAAGAAGGAGAAGAAGGAGGAGGAGAAGGAGGAGAAGGAAAAGAAGGAGGAGGAGAAGGAGGAGAAGGAGAAGAAGAAGGAGAACAAGGAGAACAAGGAUAAAGAAGGAGAAGGAGGAGGAGAAGAAAGAGAAGGAAGAGGAGGAAGAGAAGGAGCAAGAGGAGAAGGAGAAGGAGAAGAAGAAGUAGAAGAAGCAGAAGAAGCAGAAGGAGAAGGAGAAGAAGAAGAAGGAGAAGGAGAAGGAGGAGAAGAAGAAGAAGAAGGCAUUGUGAGCCGAUUAGACUGCGAGUUCAACACCGGGGCAUCGGAGAAUCUACAUAGAAUAUCCCCGCUGCGGCUGCUGAGACGAUCAAUAUUAGACGAUAAAGCCAAUGCCGUUGUGGCGUGUGUUUGUCUGAGAGCUCAGCCAUGGCCCGAGGAGGCAGUUUGCAAAGCCGGCUAUAACCACCGCACUCCCCACAUGCGUAACGUCCUUCAUGUUCUCAAAGCCGUCCACUCCAGCUGCACUCGGAGCCGCCCCCAGAGGAGUCACCUGUGUGGGAGUGAGAAGAGCGUGCACGCAGAUACAGCUAAUCAAGGCUUCUUCAUUAAUGACGGUAACGACUUGUGA